GUGCGAAUAAGGCCGUUACAUAACCAUGUUAUAGAUUCUCGCUGCUAUGGUGUUUCAGCGGGAUGCACCCUCAGAAACGCUGCUCCUUUCGCUAGACAAACUCCAACCAGCUGUGAGGCAUGUCUUCAGUUAUGCCAGUCUCAGCGGAAGAGUACUUAUCCAUACAUUUGCAAGUCAGUCAUCUACGACACCCAAGCGAAAUCCUGUGAUCUGUAUGCGGUAGACCAUCAAUCAACCAACGCACAGCUGAUUAAAUACCCUUCAAGGAGCUAUUUCAGACCCACUGGUCAGUGUGACACUGGUGGAUAUGCACCGGGCGCACCUGUUGCCCCUGGUGUGCCUAGUGCGCCUGGUGCGCCUGCCGCUCCUAAAUAUUGCCCUGCUGGCCAAAUGUCAAAGUUGAUAGAAAUGCACGGUUACGUGUGGCCUUCCUACAGCGGAAGAAGCCUCCAGGGGUACUCGUUGGAGGAGUGUACUCAAGCAUGCGUAUCAAAUAGGGAAAAAUCUGGCCGGCCUCUAAGACAACCGUGCAAAGCAGCUAGAUUUUCAGGUGGCACUUGCGAAGUUUCCUCCGUCACGGUUCCUCCUAUGGAUUCGUUCUUGCCCGAUCCGUCAGCAGCAGUCUUCAUCGCCCGAUGCAUGCCUGAAAAGAUUGCCCGAGGGUGUCCAGGGAACUUUGAGUUGGCACCUAUGCAUGUAUUGAUUGGAUACGCGGAAGCAGUGGUUACCGCCGAUUUGGAAGGUUGCGUGAAGCUGUGCAUCAACGAGCGCCGAUUCAAAUGCAAGUCAGGAAUGGUGUACACUAAAAUGGGCAAAGAAAACUGUGUCUUGAAUAGCGAGACUCGACUCAGCGAGCCGAGUGCGUACAUCGCAGACGCCUCUGAACCAGUGCUGUACUUCGACACGAAGUGCAAUGUGACACCGAUGGGAUCAUAUGCUACGCGCCUUUCGGACGAACCCUCCAAUGAGGUGUCAAAAUGGACCGUAUGGAGUCAAUGCCACCAAGGUCGCAAGACUCGAUACCUAAACUGUGGCAAGAACGACAUACGGGCCUGCCCGUUCGAAACUGCGGUCUGCGAUAAAAGUGAGUUACUUUAUACACGUAUAUCUUUAAAAGUUUCCUAUUUUUAA